CCGUCGAGGCUCCCGUCCGUCGGAGGGCAGGAGGGAGCUGGAGAGGGCGCCAUGGGCUCCGCUUACUGAGGCGCCCGGAGGGACGGCAGAGGCUCCUUCCCAGGAUGGCUCGCAGUGUUUCUGCUGUUGGUGUUCUUCUUCUGCUUGGGCUUCUACUCCCCACCACAGAGAGUAAGAGGAACCGUGGGUCCCAAGGCUCCAUUCCUCCUCCUGACAAAGACCAGCCUAAUGAUUCUGAACAGACACAGCAGCAGCAGCCACAGCCACAGCCAUCACAGCGAGGCUCCAGACCCCGAGGCAAGGAGAAAGUCAAAGCUCCAUCAGCUGAAGAGGUGCUAGAGUCAAGCCAAGAAGCCUUGCAUGUCACAGAGAGGAAAUACCUGAAACGGGACUGGUGUAAAACACAGCCACUCAAGCAAACCAUCCACGAGGAUGGCUGCGACAGCCAUACCAUUAUCAACAGGUUUUGUUAUGGCCAGUGCAAUUCCUUCUACAUCCCAAGGCAUGUCCGUAAGGAAGAAGGUUCCUUCCAGUCCUGUUCCUUCUGCAAGCCAAAGAAAGUCACCACCAUGUUAGUUACCCUGAAGUGUCCAGAGCUUCAGCCUCCCAGGAAACAAAAAAGAAUCACACGAGUUAAAGAAUGCCGCUGUAUAUCUAUAGACUUGGACUAGAAGUUAGUCAUAUAUCCUCUGUGGCAUCUGCCAUUAUUGCCUCCUCAAGUACAGGUGCCUAAAUUUGCUUAUAUAUGUCUAGGUGGGACAGAUCAAAGAGAAUUGCAGCAAACAGUGUACACUUUUUAGGUGGAAGUGUGGACCUCUACUAUGAAAACAUGCAUAUGGAAUCACACUGCUGCUUGGAGUGCAAGUUGUCACUAUAACUGUAAUCCUUUUCAGUAUGUCACUAGUUCAUUCACCUGUGUGCUGGCCUUCCUGCACUGUGAUUUCCUUCUUUCAUCAUAAUCUAUGCCAUGGACUCUCAUCACUACUUAUUGUACGUGUGUUUUAGACUGAGGGCUCAACCAGACUGCCUUAAAGUAUUGUUUCCAGUUCUUUUUGUUUUGAUUGCAUAUUCAGAGGUUUGCAUCCAGUACUCUCUCUUGAAAUAUGCUAGGCUUCUCCCGCCCCCCUCUUUUUCUGAUUACAUCACCACCGCUCUCAUUCAACAUUUCAGAAAUUAAUUUUCAUUAAUUUACACUAAGCUUUUUUUUUAUUCAGGAAUUAUAGUCAAAGUACAAAAGAGAUUUAACAAUAUUAUACUAGUUAAGCAUUAGUAUCAUUUGGUUUUAGUGCUAACAUUCCUCUUUCCCUAGAAAGGGCCUUGGAAACAAUAAUUGUGUUUAUCUAGCAGCCAUAUUUCCUGGGUCAGAAAGAGUAGAAACACAUGGCAAGUAAGUAUUCUUUGUGGAAAUUACUAGGUUAAUUUAAACUGACCUGGAAAAUGAUAAUAAAAACUCAUUGGCUUAGAGGUCCCAGUAAAUAUUUUGGGAUGAGGAAAAUGUUAUAUGGAUCUCCAAAAUAAAAUUUGUUAGUACAGGAACAAAACCUGCCAUUGGGAAGCAUCCUGAGAGUUGUGCCCCAAAGGACACUUUAAAAGGGAUGCACUAAUAGGGUGUAACAGAAACACUAUGUGCAGAUACUCCUUAAUUAAGUGGUCUGCUUGUGCUUGUGAAGAAAGUUAAAUGGGCCCACCUUUAUUCAGAGGGAAAAGACUGCCAAAACAGAUUCAAAUAAGGUUAAAGUUAAAGGGAAAAAAUAUUAUGUUUUUUUAAAAGAAAGCACAUAGGAGUGGACACAUGAGGAAGAAAAAGAAAUAAGAUAAAAAGAAGGCAAACUACCCACUGAUUUUGCAAAUGCUUUGAAUGUAUUUUAAAAACCAUUCUUGAAGCUGCAGCAGGCAUCCUGGGAUGCUAUAUUGUUUGAAUUUACUAUAGUUCUUAAUUCUACAAUGCUUUUGACAGUGGCAGUGCCCUACAUCUGUAAUAUUUCUCUGUAGUUGUGAAUCCAUACACAUGUACAGUGACCCAUAAUAUACAACUAAUCCAAUUAACAAGCAUAAAGUUUGAACAAUAAUUGGUGAGUC